AUGCCAAAUUUUAGAUCAGUAUUUGGAAUCAAUGAACCAAGAAGAGCUCCAAGAGGUAAACAAAUAUCUGGUGAUUAUAAAGAAUUAAUACCACAUGUAAUUAAUGAUAUUCAAAUAACAAAAUCUCAAUUAAAUAAAUAUCAAAAUAAUUCACUACUAAAUAAACUAAUAUUAUUAAUUGAAGAAAAUCAUUUAAAACAAAUAAAUGAAAUUAAAAAAUUAUAUAUUAAUGAAAAUUCAAAAGAAUAUCAAAUUAAAUUAUUUGAAUUAUUAAAAAUUAAUCUUGAUGAAUUAUGUAAUUUAUUAGAUAUUUUUAAAAAUAAUUUUAUUCAUUCUUUAUAUGAUAAUAAUUUAUUAAAUUAUAAGAUAAAUCAAAUUCAAUCAACUACAACUAAUUCCUCGAGAUCAAGUAUAUCAGAUUCUUCAACGACAUCAUUAAGUUCAUUAUCAAUGGUUCCUAUAGAUGAUGAAGCGUUAGAAGAAGCACCAGAUUAUUUAUUAGAUCCAAUAUCAUUUGAGAUUUUAACUGAUCCUGUAAUAACGCCAAGUGGUAUAACAUAUGAAAAACAACAUUUACUACGUCAUAUUAAAAAUAAAGGUAAAUUUGAUCCAAUUAGUAAACAACCAUUAAAUAAAGAUCAAUUAUAUCCAAAUUUAAUUAUAAAAGAUUCAAUUGAAGCUUAUAAAAUGGAGCAUAGUAAGUAA